GUGCCUAACCAACUUCGUGACGCUCCCACGCAACCAAAUCCCACACGAAAAAGUCUCACACAUAUUCCCCUCUAUAACCUCCUCUGCCCCCCUCCCGCAGAACUUUACACGCUACACCGCAGUCUGCACCACUAAGCGCGCCAGGUCUCUUCCUGACAAUUGUGUGAUAUCGCCAAAAAAAAAGUGUCUCACCUCGUUCGCGAGUGUCCCUACGGCCGCCCAGAAGACGCCCAAUCCCCCAAAGAGAACUCGUCCCUCCCAAAACAGUCCUAAAACUUAAAUCCCAUCAAAAAUCUCUCAUCGAUCUCCGAAAUUCCUGCACCCCCUAACAAGGUCCCUCCCCCUGCCCCGCCAAGUGAUGCCCAAAGUGAUGCUAAACCCCUAGAUUAUCCAUUCCCCCAAAAACCCCUCAAAACCACCGAAAAAAACAAAUAAAAACGCCAGUGUUUCGUGCGUCGAGUGCCGGAGGACCCUCACGACUGACUUCUUGCCAAAAUGGAGUACAAUAAUCUCUUGAGCUCGAAAUAAUUUCGAGAAACGUAAUCAUCAAACUAGAGGUUGCGUGAGCCACCACCAAAAGGUAAAGAAAAUCCAGAGACCUAUUUGUAAAAAAUGGAGGAUCACCUCCUGAUGACGGAGCUACCGUUGCCAGUGCCAGGAGGAAUUCUCCACAGGUCCGGUCAUUACUACCAGCUGCACCAGCCGCACCUGGCGCUGGGUGGCAACCCCCCAAGUACAAUAAUCGAGACACCUGUGCCCCACUAUCAUCCGAGCACGAAAAAGCUUUGCAGUAAUUACGGCAUUGCCCGUCACUUGUCAGACCUGAGAACAAUCGAAGAUGUGACAACAAGCACGCACAUAUCAAGCCUCUACCCUGAAAUCCUCGCCCACAUAUUCACUUAUUUAUGUGUCAGGGAUAAGGGAAGGGCUGCCCAGGUGUGCGUGUCUUGGAGGGACGCAGCUUAUCACAGAUCCGUUUGGCGUGGUAUCGAGGCACGUCUGCACCUGAGGAAACAAGCACCAUCUGUUUUUGCCAGCCUGGUGAGACGAGGUGUCAAGAGGGUCCAGAUACUGUCCCUGAGGAGGGGCUUGGGGGACGUUGUCAAAGGAAUAACAAAUUUGGAAUCACUGAAUCUAUCCGGUUGCUACAAUAUCACAGACACUGGCCUGACCAGCGCCAUCUCCGCCGAGUACUCCUCCUUGACAGAGCUCAAUCUGUCGCUCUGCAAACAGGUGACUGACAACUCGCUGGGGAGAAUUGCCCAGUACUUGAAGAAUUUGGAAUCAUUGGAGCUCGGGGGCUGUAGCAAUAUCACAAAUACUGGGCUUUUGCUCGUUGCUUGGGGCUUGAAGAAACUCAAGAGAUUGGACUUGAGGAGUUGCUGGCACAUAUCUGACGCUGGUAUCGGUCAUCUUGCUGGUAUGAGCCGAGAAACUGCCGCUGGAAAUCUCGCACUCGAACAUCUUGGACUUCAAGACUGCCAGAGAGUGUCUGAUGAAGCUCUCAGGUACAUAUCGGUGGGACUCACUUGUCUCAAGUCGACUAAUCUCUCUUUCUGUGUUUCCAUCACUGACGCUGGACUCAAACAUCUCGCCAAGAUGUCCAGCCUGAGAGAAGUCAACCUGAGGUCUUGUGACAACAUCUCCGACGUAGGAAUGGCUUAUUUGGCUGAAGGAGGAAGCCGAAUAUCGUCUUUGGAUGUUUCGUUCUGCGAUAAAAUUGGAGAUCUUGCUCUGGUUUACAUUUCUCAAGGGCUUUUCAAUCUCAAAAGUCUUUCUUUGAGUGCUUGCCAAGUUAAUGAUGAAGGAAUAUGCAAAAUUGCCAAGACACUUCAUGAGUUGGAGAUUCUGAAUGUUGGACAGUGUAGCAGGCUCACUGAUAAGGCGUUGUUUACCAUUGGUGAGAGCAUGGGACAACUCAAGUACAUCGAUCUUUAUGGAUGCACUAAGAUCACUACUACUGGGCUCGACGUCAUCAUGAAGAUGCCGCAUAUCACUACGUUGAAUUUGGGAUUGUGGCAUGUGAGGUGAUGAGGGGGGACUCGUGUAUAUAGGUUGGGACGAUCGCGAAUUGGUUUAGGGUAUGUUUGUUGUUGUUUUUUAUGGCAGGGAUUGUGGUAGAUAAGAGAGUGGUUGGAGGCGACGUCAGUAGAGGGUGGUUGUUAAAAAACAACAAAUCGUGGAUGCUCUUCUCGAUGCACAUGCAGAUCUCUUGGGAUAUUGCAUGUAAUAUCUCAUGAAGAAAUUGUUUAUUCAGUAAAUGAUAGGAGACAUGUUUUGGGGGAGAUGUUGCUCAACGAAAAAUAAUUACUGAAUAAACAAUAAUUUUUCAUUUAAAACGCUGAAUUAUCUCAUAAGGGAAUUGUUUUUGUGCAAAUGUCAGACGACGUCUAUUGUAUUGUAUCUUUGAAAUUUUGGCAUAAAUUACUAGUUCACGAGAUACAAUAGCGAUUGACGAAAAUGUCAGGUGAAAGUUGUAGUACAAACACAAAAUUUCCAUUUUUAAGGGGGGAUUCUGCUUUAGAGGCUUCAAAAAAUCUAUAUUUUCAAGGAUUUUUUUGAAAAGGAAAGAAAUGUCUGAUUGAAAUGAAACUUUUAGGAUUUAUUCUUAUAUAUUUCAAGAGUCUUCUCAAAUUUUUUUAUUAAUUAUACAUUAGAUAUUUUUCAUGUUUGAAGAAAUUUACGGAGGCGCCUCGAGUGUGCAAUUUCUGUGUGACGGGCGAGAUGCAGGUCGCAAUUUUCAUGUGAAACAAAAAAACAAAAGAAAUUUUUAAUUUUCAAUAGUGUAAUUCCUAGGUGAACGACGAAAAUUCAACAAAAAAUGAAAUAUUCAACAAUUUUUCGCACAUUGAAAAAAAAAUUACUUUAAAUCGUUUAAAAACCGGAUUAAUGUUAACUUUCUUAAGAUAUGUAAGGUUCACCUAGAAGAGGAUUUAAUUCCAAAUACAACGCAUUUUGAUUCGUUUCGAUAGGACGUUUACUUUUUUUCCUAUCUUGCCCGCCAAUUUGAAAAAAUCAUAAAAAUGAAAAUCCGAGAAAUCGCGUGUCAAAGUUUUCGUGAUGCUCGUAUACCUGCUCGACGCUUGCUCACUAUUUCGUCUGUAUCUCCGGAAAUAAUCCGAAUUUUGUUCUGAAAUUUUGGAGACAUAUUCUUGGAUAGUUUAGGAAGUGAUUUACGCAAAAAAAAUCGAUUUUUUGAGGCCUCUAAAGCAGGCUCCCCCCCUUAAAACUGUAGAAAAAUGUCGAAAAUCUUUUUUAUUAGGAAUUUCCUCCUUUGGAAAAAGUAUCUUUGCCAUUUUUCAUUGAUUAAUUUCCUUGAAUCCGCGAAUUAAAAAUGGUAGAAUGCAAUUACAAGGACAUUGUCAAGUGCCACAUGAAAAUCUAAUCUGAUCUCUCACUCUAAUGAGAAUUUCAUCUAAUAAUUUCACCAGAGAUUUUCAGAUGAGAUAAAAAAAUCCUCUGAACCUCCACUUGUCUACUGAACUCGUCUCACCUCCAUCAAGAGAAAAUCCGCCCAUCGCCCGAAAACCCCGACAACAUAUUGUACUUACGACACUCGUACUGAGCAUCUCCACGCUUCAACGAUAAUUUUGUUUGGAAAAAACACUUUUUUGUUAGUUAAUCGUCAUUCUUUACUCGUUGUUUCCCAUAUCCUCUUUAAGUUGAAAAAAAAUCAUUCUGUUAGUUCUCAUCUAUUAAUUAAUUAUAGAGAUAGUUUCCUAGACGAUUGAAGAAUCGUUAAUGCGGAGUCAUUGUUUAUCCUUGAAAAACACUGCGUAUUAGGAAUAAAAAAAAUGUGAAUCAUAAAUGUUCAUUCGUUCUUUCCAUGAACUAGACAUUAAUCGUUUCUACCUCGUUUAUUAUUUUAUCCUCAUGAAAGAAAUGAACAAUGUCCUCACAACAUAACGAAUUGUGAUACAAUUUUGUUUUGUAAUUAAUUUUUUCCCUGUAUUAUUCGUUUUUACCUUUUGACUGCAAAAAAAAAAUGAGAAAAAAAUUAUUUGCUCAGUUUGCAACAAAUGAAUGAUUGUGAUAAAAAUAGAAAAUACGAGUCUCGUUGCACUCAAGUUGGAUUCUUAAUAGUAUAUUUCUAAAUUUAAAGGAGACAAUUUUUUUAUUGAUUGAUUGAGAAAUCCAGGAAUGAAAAUACUGAUAAAAAUCAUUCGAUUCUUCAGACUUUAAUUGACCGACAGAGAUGAAUACAAAUGUCUCUACUUUUACUGUUCACGAUCGUUUUUUAUAACUCAAUGUGAAAAAUCGAAUUGUAACAUAGGUCGAAUGUGAUCUCCAUGAACAAAUUCACGAGGUACUUCACACAUCCAAGGAUUGUUGUGAAGUUUAUGAAUAGAAUUUGGGGAUAUUAAGCGUAAUUUUGGUUAAAUGUAAUUUUUUCUACAUUUUUUAUAAUUGUAACGGGAAACAUUAAGUCAUUGAGAGCCGACGCUCACGAGUGAGGGGAGUGAUUAUUCUGUAUGAUACUGUAUGUAUUGUAUGCACGAUGAGUACUGUAAGGUAGUAAAUAAAAUUAACAGGGGUCACAGGAAGUGGUGAUAUGUUGUGAAAUAGAGGAAGUCGACUUUUCACAUCUUACAUGCAAAAUCAAGUCCGUAAUACGUAAGCUUGCGAAAAAAUGUCAGUUAAUAUCUUUUGCUGGAAAGUCACGUCAUUAAUGCAUCAUUAGUAAAAAUAUCAGAUUGAAUUUUAUUUUUCAUAAAUAGUACUGCACUUUGCAAAAAGUUAAUUUAUCUCACGAACCGUGUCUAAGGACAUUUCCUUCUAACCAUUACAUACCACUGCUUCCUCACUGGAUCAUUUCGUUAACUUUUUCCACAGGAAAAUCAAAUAAACUGUUAAAUAUCGAACUAAUUAAUUAGCAUGUAAAUCGUGUAUUAUGUGCAAUCACCGAUUUCUGUGACAAUUGAUUUUUUCCCCUUUAAAAUUUCAAUUCUUCAAGUAAAACAGGAACAUUUAAACCACUGAAAAUCAUUAUCACUGUUCUGAUUUUUGCCAUAAUUAUAGAUGACUAAUUUUUUAUGUAUAAAACAUACAACACUAUCUUGAUUUAACUGUGUAUAAAGACGACAUGAAUUUUUAAUUUUAUAAUAGUGUAAGUGAAAUUUAGACUAAAAAAUGAUAGAUAAACGGUUUAACUCACGUACAUAAUAUCAUCUAGAAAAGUGGCCUUAUCGCAUUGAAUCUAUAGCGUGCAUUUAACAAUUUUUAAAACAAGUGGAAAUGAAAAUGUUGAGGUCACGAAACAAGAAAUCACGUUUUUUUUUUAAAAGUAUGAACAUUUACUUCUUUUUUAAUACAAUAAGGGACGUUUAUUUGUUGAUUAAUUCGUUGCCUGAAAAUUUCAACACGAACAUGAAAGGGAUGUGCUCGCAUUUUUUGUCUAAGAAAGGGAAAAAGAAAAUUUUUCUCAAGUUUCACAAAUGCUCGAUGAUCUUUCGAGGAGUGAAUUCUAUCGAAUUGCAUUCAUAAAAAAGUGCGGCAAAUAAACCAUGUAAUAUUUUUUGUGUACAAUUCCUUGUUGAAAUAUAUUAUUUUUAUAAAAUAGAAA